CCACUAAUCCAUCACUAAAUUCCAACCAAAUUAAUUCCCACCCCACUAAUCCAUCCAACUCUAUAUAAAUGCAUCGCAAAAAACCAUUCCCAUUCCAAAAUCCCCAUUCCAUUUCACCAAAACGACAUCGCCUUGUCAUCUCCAUGGCCCUCAUUUCACUCUUAUUCAUCUCACUUCUCAUUUACAUCCACCCUUCCACCACCACCGUCGCCGCCGCACACCGUCGUCAUCCACCAUCAAAAAACCAAUCCUCAUCACCUCCAUCAUCUUCCGAUCUACUAACUCAAGCUUGUAAAGCCACAAGAAACCAACCAUUAUGUCAAUCUUCACUAUCCCAAUACCCAAACACCACCCCACUUGAUAUUAUCCAAUCCGCAUUAUCCGUUUCAUUAAAUAACAUUCCGACAUCCUUAAACAUGGUUCAACAAAUCUUAAAUGCAUCAAAAGAUGUUUUGGAUCAUGUUAUAGCUUGUCAAAAUUGUGUCCAACAUUUAACUAACUCACAGCAUAGGUUAAAAAAAAUUAAAGAAAUGUUACUUUUGUCUAAAGACGACAAAAGUAAUUAUAAACAGGCCCGCGCUUGGACUAGCGCGGGCCUAGCAUACCAGUACGACUGCUGGUCUGCUUUAAAAUACGUUAACGAUACGAAACUCGUUAACGAAACGAUGUCGUUUUUGAAUACUAUGAUAGGUUAUACUAGUAAUGCAUUGAGUUUGAUCAUGGCGGAUGACGUGUAUGGUGACGAUGUGAUGACGUGGAAAGGGCCGAGGACUGAGAGAGAUGGGUUUUGGGAAACGGGUGGGGGAAAUGGGUUGACCCGGUUAGGAGUACCGGGUGGGUUAAAAGUGGAUGUGAGUGUGUGUAAAAAUGGUGGGUGUGAUUAUAAAACGGUUCAAGAAGCGGUGAAUGUGGUUCCGGGUUGGAGUGAAAAACGGUUUGUGAUAUGGGUAAAAGAAGGGGUUUAUGAAGAAACGGUUCGGGUCGGGUUGGAGAAACAGAAUGUGGUGGUUUAUGGUGAUGGAAUUGGGAAAACUGUUAUUACUGGGAGUUUACAUGUGGGUCUGCCCGGAUUGUCUACUUUUAAUACUGCUACGUUUGGGGUAUCAGGAGACAGAUUCAUGGCAAGUGGUUUAACCAUAGAAAACACAGCUGGUCCAGACGCACACCAAGCCGUGGCCUUUGUAUCAGAUAGUGACCAAUCCGUCAUUGAAAACUGCGAGUUUUUAGGCAAUCAAGACACCCUUUACGCCCAUUCACUUCGCCAGUUCUACAAAUCAUGUCACAUUGAGGGAAACGUAGAUUUUAUAUUUGGCAACUCUGCAUCGAUCUUCCAAGACUGCACCAUCCUGGUCCGUCCACGUCAGCUCAAACCUGAGAAGGGUGAGAACAAUGCGGUAACAGCACAUGGACGGAUUGAUCCUGCGCAGACGACAGGUUUUGUAUUUCAAAACUGUUUGAUCAAUGGGACUGAAGAGUACAUGAGGCUGUACUAUAGUAAACCGAAAGUCCAUAAAAAUUUUCUUGGAAGGCCAUGGAAAGAGUUUUCUAGGACCAUUUUUAUAGAUUGUAAUUUGGAGGCGUUGAUCUCACCCGAGGGAUGGAUGCCAUGGACCGGUGACUUUGCGUUGAAGACCCUAUAUUAUGGAGAGUUUGGUAAUACUGGUAAGGGAUCAGAUUUGUCGGGUAGGGUGCCCUGGAGUAGCCGGAUUCCGGAUGAACAUGUUGAUAUGUAUUCUGUUGGAAACUUCCUCCAAGGUGAUAAUUGGAGGCUUACAUCUUCUUAAUUGAAUUAACAUAUUUUUUUUUA